UCAAAUUAUUGCUUAAAAGCUUGCAGACAGUGACUGUCAAUAACCUUUUAUUGUAGCUUGUUUCAAGACUCCUUAAUUACUGUCCAACUCUCAAAUGUUUUAUCUGUUCAUUUCUUACAUAUCUGAUCAUUAAUGACAAGCCAUAGCAUCAGGUAAUAAAAGAAAAGUGUGGUGUUAUUUGAUGGAUCGUCCGGCGGGGGAACAGAGCUUCCUGCAGAGGAAGAUGACAAAGCAAUUGACAGGGAAGAGGGAUGACUCCCCUUUUCAUGCUGCGGCGAGGGCGGGGAAUUUGGAAAUGGUAUUGGAGCUUUUGUCUGAAAUUGAGGAAAAAGAGUUGAAGGAGUUGUUGUCUAAACAGAAUCAAUCAGGAGAAACUGCUCUUUAUGUGGCUGCGGAAUGCGGCCAUGUCGAAUUAGUGAAGGAGAUGAUUAAAUAUUGUGAUACGAGUAUGGCUGCUGUUAAAGCUCGAAAUGGUUAUGAUGCUUUUCAUAUUGCUGCCAAGCAAGGUGAUUUGGAAACCUUGACAGUUCUGAUGGAGGCGAAUCCAGAACUUGCGAUGACUUUUGAUGCAUCAAAUACGACGCCUCUGCAUUCCGCUGCAUCCCAAGGUCAUAUUGAAGUGGUGAAAUUCCUCCUGGAGAGAGAUAGCAGUAGCCUUGUCACCAUAGCGAAAAGCAACUUUAAAACUGCUUUGCAUUCAGCUGCAAGAAAUGGGCAUUUGGAGAUUCUGAAAGCCCUUUUGAGCAAGGACCCUGGAAUCUCUACAAAGAUAGAUAGGAAAGGCCAAACAGCUCUACAUAUGGCUGUUAAAGGACAGAAUGUUCAGGUUGUAGAUGAGCUCAUUUUGUCCGAAACUUGUCUCAUAAACAUGGUUGAUUCUAAAGGCAACAAUCCGUUGCAUAUUGCAGCCCGUAAGGGCAGGGCUGAGAUUGUAAAGAAGUUGCUUGAAAACAAGGGACUUGAUAAAAUAGCUAUUAAUAGAUCCGGAGAGACAGCCUUUGACACUGCUCAGAAAUCAGGCCAUUCGGCAGUAAUUUCCAUAUUGGAAGAGCAUGGUGUCCAGUCUGCGAAAUCCAUGAAGCCGAGUACAACAAGCAGAGCCCGCGAGCUAAAGCAAACUGUGAGUGACAUAAAACACGAAGUUUAUGACCAGCUUAAGACUACGCGCAAAACGGGAAAACACGUUCAAGGUAUAGCAAAACGACUAAACAAAAUGCAUACAGAAGGUCUCAACAAUGCAAUCACCUCAACCACUGUUGUCGCUGUUCUGAUUGCAACGGUUGCAUUUGCCGCAAUUUAUCAAGUCCCGGGUCAAUUCGCUGAUGAUCCAAAGCAUCUUGCUCCAGGACAAUCUGCUGGAGAAGCAAAUGUUGCUUCACGACCCGAGUUCAUGAUUUUCAUCAUAUUUGAUUCAAUUGCUCUCUUCAUAUCACUUGCUGUUGUGGUAGUUCAAACUUCUGUUGUAGUUAUCGAGAGAGAGGCGAAGAAGCAACUCAUGUCGGUGAUUAACAAGUUAAUGUGGUUGGCCUGUGUACUGAUAUCAGUCGCAUUCCUUGCGCUCGCAUAUGUUGUCGUGGGAGAUAACGGAAGGUGGUUGGCUCUUUGCGUAACUGCUAUAGGAACCGUGAUCAUGGCAGCUACCAUUGGAACAAUGUGUUAUUGGGUAAUCAUUCAGAAAAUCGAGUCUUCUAAACUGCGGAGCAUUAGGAGAUCAUCGAUAAGUAGAUCGCUAUCCGGGUCAAAGUCAAUUAUGGAAGAAUCAGAGGUUUUGGAGAGUGACUAUAAGAAACUUUAUGCAAUAUGAUACUAUAUUUUCUUGAUGCAUAGAAAUAGUUUCUAGUUUUAUUGUAUAUAAUAUAGAUAUUUUUGCUUAUACUGAAGCAGGUCAUAUUGCAGUUUUAGAUAAUCUGCUAGAAGCAGAGGAUCAUAACAUUUAAUUUUUGAAGUUGAUAGUAAUUAGAAAGUAGUUAUAGUGAAUAAUGUAAUUAUAUUUUUGUAACAAUCAGAAUAUUCGAGGAAAUACAGUUAUGGGAAUUAUUGUUGCUA